AUAGUUUUGUUACUUUUCGAACGAUUUUCAAAUUUGUUGCGUGUUUCAAAGAUAGGAGUUUUAUCUUUAAAACAAAAAGAAUUCUUUUGAAAAUCAGCUUUAAAAUUGCUAAAUUGUGUUGUAACCUGAAGAAUUCCUAUGAAAAAAAAUACUAAAUGAAAUAAUGGAGAAAAACUAUAAGUAAACUCGUGUCCUACGGGCUACAACAAAGCAGAAUUUCUGUGUAUUAAAAACAAAACAUUUUGCAAUAUUUAAGAGCCUGUUCACUUCCACCACCAUUGCUGCUAGAAGAUCAAGGUGAAGCAUUUGAGAAAAUUUGCUAGAAAAUCAGGUAAGCAAAGUGAAUGGCGAUCGCAGCAAAAAUAUCUGCGGCAGGGUUUUCACAAGUGGAGAGGUUUGAACAUAACAACUAAUUCCUAUAAAUAGCACAUACAAAAGAGUGGUUAGCCAGUUUAAAAUUUCCUUCAGUGAUAGCACAGCACAACGAUUUUGCUGAAUUUCUAAAAGUCGCCAAACUACGGAUGCGUUUAAGAAGCAUGCAUUCUUUAAAACGGCUGGUGUCUUUUAAAGCACCGAUGAUGUUAUAUAUUUUCAUAGUAUCUUUGUCCUUAUGCGACACCACCCACAUGGUGAACGUAUUCUACACCAACUACUUCUGUGAAUCUGCGCCGGUUGCGACAUGUUUUAGAAUCGACUGUGCAUCAUUGAAGCCGAUGAACAAAGAUAAAACGCCACAAACAAAUCUGUCAACAGGAUUAUUCGCGAAUUUGCCAAAUUUGGAAGAAUUGCACAUCAGCUGCGGUUUGGAAACCCUGCCCAUGGAUCUGUUUAUCAACUCAACUAAAAUUACUAGCCUUAACAUGAACAAGAAUCUGCUGACAACAUUCCCGAAAAACUUGCUCAACGAUCAACAGGAGCUCCUCACUCUUGACCUGUCAAACAAUCGUUUGCAAUCACUACCGGACACACUCUUCCACAGCACAAAAAAUCUGCGCGUGCUGAAAUUAUCACACAAUCAACUCGUCGAAAUAACAAGUGAGCUAUUCAGCCCAUUAGCCAGUCUCGAGCAUCUGCAUCUGGACAACAAUAACUUGGUUAACAUCAACUUCAACGCCUUUCGUGACACAGCCAACUUGAAAUUUCUCAGUUUAGAAAAUAACCAAAUCGAUCUCGCUGACGCCAAUGGCACCAUUGAUAACAUGACCUCGCCAUUCCAGUUCCUACAUAAAAUUGAAGAACUUAACCUGCGCAAUAAUUCGAUCAAGUACCUACACAGAGACUGGAAGACAAAACUGAUCGAAAUGAAAAAACUCGAUCUCAGCUAUAACAACAUUCGUGCGUUGAAUGUUAGUAACAUAUUCCUUUUUUUCAUAAGUAAAAGUUUGGCUGAAGUCAACCUCACACAUAAUCUCAUAGCGGAAAUUGAUUUUGAUGGCAUCGACGAUAUGGGGUACUUCCUCAGCCACUCACCUCCACUUCGUAUUCAUCUCGACGACAAUCCACUUACCUGCAAUUGCGUGCUAGAACCCUUUUUAAAAUUUGUAUUAGGCGAAGUAAAAUAUGAACUGCGAAAGAAUUUAAUAAUAUCUGCGAAUAAAUUAAUAUGUUCAGGCACGCCACUACUAAGAGGGAAAAAAGUAAUCGACCUCAGAUAUGAGGAGCUAGGUUGCCCAGUGGAGGACCAAUAUCGUCAGGGCGAAAAGAAAUACGUAAUACCUUUCAGCGUUUUAAGUCUUUUGAACGAACUCUAUAUGUCUUUUAUAUGUUUCUGUGAACAUCUAAGGAGAUCUAGAGACGACCCUAUAAUAGUGGCAGAAGAGCCUCUUAUGCCUCGUUUAGAACGACCCCCUCGCCUCAGACAUAUAGGUGAAAGAUAAAUGAGAUAAAAGGACAUGACAAGUAUCUCAUCUGGAACUGAAUGAGUUGCACUCCCAG